AUGUCUAACGACGCAGGCAUUCAGCUUACCAUUGUGAGGCCAGAGGAAGGCAGCGUCAAUGCUGGGCACCAUGGUGACCAUAAUGGUGUCGAACGCGACUUGAAUGCUCAAAGUCUGCCGCCGGUGGACCGUGGCAAGCAUGCAUGGCUGACCCUUGUGGCAUGCUUCUUUCUGGAGGCAACGGUCUGGGGGUUCAUACACUCCUAUGGAGUCAUGCAGGAGUACUACAUCCACCACGAGCCCUUCGCAUCACAAUCACGCAAAGGUCUCGGUGCUGUGUCAACCACUGCAUUUGCGGUCAUGUUGAUUGGCUCUCCGCUAGUCUCUAUCGCUAUGCAACGAGUUCCGCAUUUCCGACGCGUAGGUGGUUGUGCUGGCGUGGCCGUCAUGGUCGCUGGGCUGCUAAUCGCUUCCGUGACCGAUUCGUCGAUGGUUUUACUGUGGACGGAGGGCUUCUUGUACGGGCUCGGCGCCCUGGUGGUGUACUUCCCGGCGAUGUUCUUGAUUGAUGAGUGGUUCGUGGAGCGUAAAGGGCUGGCAUUUGGGAUUUCAUGGGCUGGGACCGGUAUCGGAGGUGCGGUGACCCCUUUUUUGCUGAGGUGGCUGUUGGACGCAAAGGGCCACAGAGUGACGCUCAGAGUAUGCGCCGGCAUUCUGGCCACGGUCGCGGUACCAUGCGUUCUUCUCAUGCGGCCCCGAAUCCCGAUCACUAGGGGACCUCGAAGAGCUCAACCAGUUGACAUGAGCCUGGUGAAGGAGAAGACAUUCUGGUUAUACCAAUGCCCAACCAUAAUCCAGUCCAUGGUCGCUCCACUUCCGGCUCUAUGGCUACCGUCCUUCACCAGUUCCAUGGGAAUGUCUACAACUGCUGGGCCGCUUUCUGUGGCUCUUUUGAGCCUCGCUUCUUGCGGCGGAUACCUCAUUCUAGGCCGACUAGUUGAUCGGUACCAUGUCAGCUACGCAAUAUUGCUGACCACAAUAGGCUCGGUCGUAGGCGUUUUCGGUUUCUGGGGUACCACUAGCAGCAGCGAGGCGACGUUGUACAUCUUCUCUAUCCUUUUCGGUCUUUUUGGAGCUGGAUAUCCUGGUCAUUGGACUGGCUGCGCGAUCGAUAUCAAGAAGUCACUCCCCAAUGUGAGUGCGAGUCUGGUCAUCUCCCUCCUUUGUGCAGGAAAGGGAAUAGGGAGUCUUCUAGCCGGGCCAGUCAGUGAGGAGCUGCUUGCAAUGGAGCCAUGGAAAGGUGCUGGUCUGGGAUAUGGGUCGAUGUAUGGCUCGAUCAUUGUCUUUACCGGUGUGUGUUGUUUCGUGGGCGGAAUUGGAGGCUUGCCGCGCUUGACGCGUGGUCUGGGCUCAGCAGCAGCUAUGAUGCUUCGCGAACGAGUAUCAGUACCAGAUGACAAAGUCCAAUCAUACGUCUCUGGAAUGCUGGCUGCUUACGCCGGUAGUUCCGUGCUGUUCUCUAUACCUGCGGGCUGGAUUGCAGAUCGCACUUCUGCACGGCAGACUCCUUUCCUUGCUGGUCUGGCAGCCCUUCUGGGCGCCACAUUGCUUCUCGCCUUCGGACAAAGCAUUGCCGUUUUGAUACUUGCGAGGAUCCUGCAGGGAAUCAGUGGCGCGUUGGUGUGGACGGUAGGCUUGGCUAUGGUGCUUGACACUGUCGGCCCUCAAAACUUGGGCAAAGUGGUGGGCACGAUAUUUUCAUUCAUUUCCGUGGGAGAGCUCGCGGCGCCCGUACUAGGAGGAGUCUUGUACAAGAAAACUGGGUAUGCUGGUGUCUUCGGUCUAGGGGCGGGAGUAUUGGGACUCGACUUCGUCAUGCGUGUACUUUUGAUCGAGAAAAAGACUGCCAAGAAAUACGAUCCGAAGCUCGCCGGCGAUGGGGCAACCAACCCAAGAGAUCACGGCCAGCGAGAUGGCGCAGACUCGGACGACGACGGGCAGCAGCAGAGUCCAGGAGAGGCAGGCGAAUCGGACGCGCUGUUGCCGAAAAAGGAGGAUGAGGAGGAUUUCACCAUCCCAGACGGUCAAAACAGACUCGUCCGAGCGCUGCCGAUCGUGUACUGCUUGUUAGAUCCUCGGCUGCUCGUCGCUCUGUUGCUGGCCUUUGUCCAAGCUUCGCUCCUGGCAACGUUCGACGCCACCAUACCGACCGAGGCAGAAACACUUUUCGAGUUUGAUUCGCUGCAGUCCGGGUUGUUGUUCAUCGCUCUGGACAUACCCUACCUCAUCUUGGGCCCGAUCGCUGGAUGGGCUUGCGACCAGUACGGACCCAAGGUUAUCGCAGUACUUGGGUUUGGCUAUCUCGCGCCUGCCUUGGUAUUAUUGCGUCUUCCUGCGGAAGGAAUUGUGAACACACAGAAGCACAAUAUCAUUCUCUAUUGCGGCAUGCUGUCACUAGUCGGCACCGGAAUGGCUAUCAUUGGCUCACCCUCCAUCGUGGAGGCAUCUUCUGUGGUGCAGAAGUACGACAAGGCAAACCCCAAGUUCUUUGGGGAGAACGGACCGUAUGCGCAGCUGUACGGAUUUAAUUCACUCGUCUUCAGCGCCGGCCUUACGAUUGGGCCAAUCCUCUCGGGUACCUUGAGGGACUCAAUUGGAUAUGGGAACAUGAAUGCUGUGUUGGCGGGCAUCGCUGGUACGACUGCGUUGCUAUCAUUCGUAUACGUUGGCGGGAAGCCAAAGCUGUUGCGAAAAGGACGGAAGUAUUAG